GUGCGGCAGGAGGCGGGGCUUGCCAAAGAACCACAGCUGGUUGUCGGAGGGGUUACAGUGGCAGGCCCAGGGGUGGGGGCAUGGCCGUGGGGGGGCCGCAUCCCGUCCUCCACGCUUCACCGUGACAGAGGCUUCGGCUGGGGGUCAUGGAGCUGGGGCUCUCCCCGGGGGGCCCCCAGACUCUCAGAGCUCCGCCCCUGGAUGAGCGCAGGGGCCGCAGCAGCGGCAGCGGCCGGCGGCGGUGGAGACAAACCAGGCAAAGUGAGAUGCUCCCGCAGACUGUGGCUCCUCCUGGGGUCGCUGGCGCUCGUCUUCCUCACCUCGCUGUUCCUGUCCGUGUCGCUGCGCGGCGGCGUCAGCUUCGGCUACCUGGAGCCGCCCGGCUGGGAGGAGUCCAGGCGGGUGAAGCUGGUGCCCAGCUACGUGGGCGCGCACCGGCUGUCGCCCCCCGAAACGCCCCAGCAGAAAACAUGUGCCUGCAACAGCUGCGUCGGAGACCCCGGAGUCUCGGACUGGUUUGACGAGAACUACGACCCGGACAUCUCUCCGGUCUGGACCAGGGACAACGUCCAGCUGCCGCCGGACGUCUACUACUGGUGGGUGAUGUUGCAGCCGCAGUUUAAACCCCACAACAUCCAGCAGGUGCUGCUGAGACUCUUCCAGGUGAUUCCCGGGCGGUCGCCGUACGGCUCGUGGGAUCCGGGGCGCUGCCUGCGCUGUGCCGUGGUGGGAAACUCCGGAAACCUCCGCGGCGCCGGAUACGGGGCGGCCAUCGACGGGCACGACUACAUCAUGAGGAUAAACCUGGCCCCCACUGUGGGCUACGAGGACGACGCCGGCAGACGCACCACGCACCACUUCAUGUACCCGGAAAGCGCCAAAAACCUGGCGGCCAACGUCAGCUUUGUCCUGGUUCCCUUCAAAACCCUGGACCUGGUCUGGAUCACCAGCGCUCUGUCCACCGGCCAGAUCCGAUUCACUUACGCUCCAGUGAAGCAGUUCCUCCGUGUGGAUAAAGACAAGGUUCAGAUCUUCAAUCCGGCUUUCUUUAAAUACAUCCAUGACCGCUGGACCAAGCAUCAAGGCCGAUACCCUUCCACUGGCAUGCUGGUCCUGUUUUUCGCUCUUCACGUCUGCGACGAGGUGAACGUGUUUGGCUUCGGCGCCGACAGCCGAGGAAACUGGCACCACUACUGGGAGCAGAACCGGUACUCCGGAGAGUUCAGGAAGACGGGCGUCCACGAUGCGGACUUCGAAGCGCAGAUCAUCAAGCAGCUGGCCAAGGCUGGAAAAAUCACAGUGUUCACUGGGAAAUGACCGGAAAAACGGACGCCAGUUUGGAUUCAAGUUGGAAUAAAAGCAAACUGGAAGAGAGUACGAUGAUUUUACCGACGGGGUUCGACGAGCAAAACAUUUUCCCCUUUGGGAGUCGAGACUCCAAUGAGCCUGGAAGGUAAAAAAUCUUUCACCUUUACUGAGGAACACAGGAAAUCAUGGCGGAACAAGCAGGAUCAAUCAGAAAAAGAUUAGUAAGGAUUAUUAAACCCUGACAUGAACGAUCUUUCACAUCCAUUCUG